AUGCCUCGACUCAUACCGCGAUCUUUAUUCAUAUUUUGUUUAAUUGGCCUAGCCUUCUCUGCAGACACACAUGAUUUAGAUGAAGAUCAUAGAAUGUUGGCACAAAAAGCCGCAGACCACAUUAAUGCUCAGUCUAAUGAUCUUUUCCUGUGGGCUUUGGCUGACGUUGAUGACGUUCAUCGUCAUAUUCUCACAGGAGUUAAGUAUACAGUGAAGUUUACUCUUGCCAAGACUGAUUGUACCAAACAAAAUGGGAAGCUUUCGACUGAAGGAUGCAGCCAGGGCAAUCGUUUGAAGAAAUGCACAGCGGAAAUUUUACGCAAAAGCUGGGAAAACUUCGAGGGAGUUCAUAUCAUUGGGUGUGAAGAACCUUUCACUCGAUCUAAAAGACAUUCCAAAGUUCAACUGAAGAGCUCUAAUUUUGUUUUGGAAGAAUUGAGAGACAGUCGCCACAUUAAAUCAAAAGAUUACGUCGCAUGGAACCGAUUCCUUGAUUUUGCUGACAGACACAACAAGCAGUAUGAGAGCAAGAGACACGCUUUCAAACGUUUCCGAGUUUUCAAACGUAAUCUGAAGUCUAUAGACACAUGGCAAAAACGCGAAAUGGGAACUGCUGUGUAUGGCGUUACACAAUUCUCCGAUAUGACUAGCUCAGAAUUCAAAAAAACAUAUUUACCGUACUUAUGGGACCUUCCUGUUUAUCCAAACAAAAUUCUUACUGACGAUGACAUGCCACGGGGAGACAUCCCUGAAUUCAUGGACUGGAGAGAGAAGGGAGCAGUGACUGGUGUCAAGAACCAAGGUAGCUGUGGAAGUUGUUGGGCCUUUUCGACAACCGGAAAUGUUGAAGGACAAUGGUUCUUAUCCAAAGGCAAGCUAGUUUCUCUCUCAGAGCAACAACUGGUGGAUUGUGAUCAUCUCGACCAAGGAUGUAAUGGUGGAUUACCCAGCAAUGCUUACAAGGAGAUCAUGAACAUGGGAGGAUUGGAACCUGAAGAUAAAUAUCCAUAUGACGCUAAGGACGAGACUUGUCAUCUAUCCAGACCUGAUAUUUCCGUUUACAUCAACGACUCAGUUGAGUUACCCAAAAACGAAGAAUCGAUGAAAGCCUAUUUGGUACACAAUGGUCCUAUCUCUAUUGGUAUGUUCAUACUUUCGUAG